UCACAUUCACUUAUCACUUCACUACUUACUGUCAAACGAUAACAAUACACUGUCAUCGCACGCCACAGUCAUAGAAACAAUAAUAAAAAAAAUGUUUAUUUUCAUAAAAUAAAAGCUUUAUGCGAUUGUCGAAGCUCAGUCAAAAUGUUCAAGAAAAUGUGUAGAUUAUGUCUGUCAACAGAAAACAUAAUGUUUCCAUUAGACGAGUCCUUUGUUUUCGACUAUAAUUUGCUAACAAAUCUUCACAUUACCGUGUCAGAUGGAAAACCACAAUUUACAUGCACAACAUGCGUUGAUAAUGUUAAAAAUUUCAUAGCAUUUAGGGAUAAAUGUAUUAAAGCAGAAAGUAUAUUGGGUGAGAUGGUUAAUGAUGUCAAACAAGAAGAUGAAAAGGGCAAACAAGAAAUUGUUAUUAAAGAGAAACUAGAAAUAGAAAUAAAUGAUACACCGGAUACUGAAAUUGAAGAAAAGCCUUCAGUUAAUGAAGAUGGUGAUGAUGAUGAAGAUGAGGAUAUGGUUUAUGUUAUGAAAGAGGAAAUAAAAGAAGAAUAUGACUACAAAUUAGAAGAUUACAAUGUCACAUAUUCCGAUUCUGAUGCCUAUGAGGACAUCAACGAUGUUCUUAAUAAAAACGAUGCAAGUAUUAAAAAUAGCCCUAAUAAAAAAGAUAAAAGCAAUAACAAACGAAAGUCAACUUUAAAUAAAGUAAAAAUAAAAAAGAAAAAAUCUGAAGCGGAAACGAAGAAGAAAAAUGCGAAAAAAGGAGCAACCGAAGCUGAGCCUGACCAGUGGUACUGUGGUAUUUGCCCCAAAGUAUUUGACAGCAAAACUGAGAUGAAUCAGCAUAUAGAUAGCCAUAAGACUGAAAGACAAUGUGGUAUUUGCAAAUUGAAAAUGAACAGUGUGUCCCAACUCUACGCCCAUAGACUAAACCAUGUUCCAACUGUGCAGUAUAAAUGUCACAUUUGCAAUAAAAGAUACAGAUCCGAUGUGUAUUUGGAAUUUCACUACAGAAAUGUUCACAUUGAGGAAGAUGAUAAACGACUUUCCUGUGACACAUGUAAUAUGUUUUUUAAACUACCAAAAAGAUUUUGUUAUCACAAUUCGACUGGGGUACAUUCCAAAAGUGAGCCAAAUUAUAUUUGCGACGCAUGUUCCAAGGGCUUUCAAAAUAAGACAGCAUUAAAAUCGCAUAUAAGGUCCCAUGGGUUGACUAAAUUGUUUACCUGCAAUUUGUGCGAUUUCUCCUGUAAACAGACCAGUGGAUUAAUUGAUCACAAGAAACGCAAACAUAAUCCUCAGAAGGUUAUCUGUAAGAAUUGCAAUAAAAUCUUCUUGAAUCAAAAGGAAUACGAGGAACAUAAUUGUAAACACAUUAAGGAAAGUUUAUGUCCCAUAUGUGGUGUACAGGUCAAAUGUAGAUUAAACCGACAUCUGUUGAGUCAUUCGGAUGAAUUCAGAUUCAAAUGUCAUAGGUGUCCGGCUAAAUACAAGACUAAACAUGCAUUAGGUGCGCAUUUGGACAGGCAUGACGGUAACCGCAGGAAGCAGUGUGAAUACUGUCCCGCUAAGUUCUACUGUGCCGCCACGCUACAAAAACACAGACGGAUUCAUACAGGUGAAAAGCCGUAUGUGUGUCAAGAAUGUAACAAGGGUUUUACAGGAAAACAUAACCUCAAAGUACACAUGAAGGUACAUGGAAAGCACUUAAUUGUUAAAAGAAAUGCUGAAAAUGAUGUUACCAUAUGAAAAAUAUAUUAAUAUUUUUAGUUAAGAUUUAUUAGAGUUUAUUGUAUUUUUGUUGAUUGAAAAAUAUUUUUAUUUUUUUAUAUUUGAAAUGAAAUGGAUCGGCUUUUGGCCACUACCUCGUCUGGUAAUAAGUUCUAGGUAAUGAAGUGAAAGUAUAAUUAACUAAAUUGUUUAUUUAAUUCGUAAGUAAUAAAUAAAAUAUAAUGUAUGGAAAUCUUU